UUUUUUUCCGGGACAGGAGACAAGAGGCUUGGAGACACCUGUCAGGAGAAUUACACGUCCAGCGAACAUCCAUAUAUGAGGCACCGGGGAGGCUGCGGCUUCAGCCUUGGACGCGCUCCGGUCGUCGCUGUAGACGGUCGGUGACCACGGAGCGCAAACUUACCCGCUGCUUUUUUAUAUAUAUAUAUAUAUACUUCUUCUUUGUGCGUGACUCCCCGCUCCCUUUCCCAUGAGUUCGCCGCUGUUUCUGGGUCAGCUGGUCGGGGUCCCGUUAGAGAUAAUUCCCCCCACCAUGGAGAAGGACACAACUUACACCAAGAUCUUCGUCGGCGGGCUGCCUUACCACACCAACGACGCCUCACUUCGGAAAUAUUUCGAGACUUUCGGGGACAUCGACGAGGCGGUGGUGAUCACGGACAAGCAGACGGGGAAAUCCAGGGGAUACGGCUUUGUGACCAUGGUGGACCGGGGAGCGGCGGAGCGGGCCUGCAAAGACCCAAACCCCAUCAUUGACGGCAGGAAGGCCAACGUGAACCUGGCGUACCUGGGAGCGAAGCCUCGCAAUUCACAGACAAGUCUUUCUGUUGGAGUUCAGCAAGUCCAUCCUACGUGGGCUCAAAGGCAAUAUGGGCUGGCCCAGCAGUACCUGUAUCCCCAGGCGUUCCUCCAGCCCAGCCUGCUGCUGCAGUCUCACCUCGCCCCCACGGCGGCCGCCCUCAGCUCCCCUUACCUGGACUACAGCUCCGCCUACAGCCCCUACGCCCCCACGGGACUGGAGCAGUACCCCUACGCGCCCUCGCCGUCGCCCUCCGCCGGCUACCUCAGCUACAGCUUCUCGCCCGGCACGCCGGCGGCGCCCGCUCUCACCGCCUCCCCGACGCCCCCGGCCGCCGCCCACCCCUCCCUGGCCGCGCUGGCCCCCCAGGCCUUCCUGCACUACCCCCUCCAUCAACCCGACCGCAUGCAGUGAGCGGCGGCCGGCCCGAUGGCGCCAAGCAGCGUGACUGUUGACCCGCGGCGGCGUCCGGAGGGGACUGGACGAAUGGGAGAGAGUGCGACGUAAUCAAAGGGCUUUUCAAGAGCACUCUCGUUCCUCUUUUAUAUAUAAAUAUCUAUAAAUAUGUUAUUAUUGUGAUAGUGAAGGAACAUGUUUAACUGCUACCAUCAUCAGCAUACACUGAAUGUCCCUCGUAUUUGGAGACUGUCUGGAAUCGGCCGACUGGAUGCUGGAAGCAGGCCGAACGCCACAGAGCAAGUAGAGACAAUGAGGAAUAUGUCUGUUCGACAUGAUGCUGCGACUGCAUUUUUUUUUUUUUUUUUUUUUUCAUUCAAAGGUACUGAACCGAUAGCUGGACAUUGGCCAAGCUGAGAGACAGUUCUUCUUUCAGGAACGAAGGUCCAAUUACCUCCUCUUCAAGGUUACCUUUGUGUCCACAUGGCCUUAGAGAUCUCUCUCGGUACCUGCUUCACUUUGUCAUUUUUAUUAGUCUCUCAUGUCGAAAGGGGGCGGAAAAGAAAUGUUUAUCGUUCCCCCUUCUGUUCCCUUUAUCCUUCACUGGCAAGGUAUAACAUGGUGAUUAUCACAGAUUAUGCAAUUCUGGUGACUGAGGAUUAGCAUGAUUAAGGUAGGCAACACUGGCAUAUUGGAUUUUUAUGUUCUGCUACUGCUAAACAAGAGAAUUAUUUUAACACUCAUACAUAAUAUUCAUCAUAUACACUUCUCAUGGCUGCCUGUUGGGCUCUCUGGACCUGGUACUGUUGGAUCAGGAGGGCGUCUGGAUCUGGUUGUGGAGCUGUUUGUCUUUGUGAGGUUCAGUCACACAGUUGUCAGUACAUAUCAAGUCAGUGUGUUUGGAUGUCGGAGCGUGUGUGUGCAUUGGUUCAAUGUCUGUGUGUGUGUGUGUGUGUGAGUGAGUGACGGAGCGACGCGGUGUCAGAACGGAGCUCCCUUUUCCAACUUCCUGUACUGUUCAGAGUUGUUUGUAUUGUGCUUUUUUUUUCCAGUUUUGUUUUGUUUCAGUUGCAGAAUCUGGACUGAAGCUUUCGUGAUGAUCCUGGAGUCUGUCGGUGCCGCAGCACCAGCUUAGUAGUCUUAAACCAAGCCAUACGUCACAUUUUAAACAAAUAUGCAAAAUAAAUGAACAUUUUUAAUGCU